GAUUUGUAAUUAACAAUUUUUUUUUAAUCUCUGACUCAUUGAAUUUAAUCGAUAAUAUUUCUAAUUUUGAAUUUGUGUCGAAAAAUUUUCUAAUCAUUUACCUGAACAAAUAAAUUAGUUUGAGAAAAAAAAACAAAAUGGAAGAACGUGUUGAAGCAAUGUUAGACAGUAAUGUGACAAAUUCUGAAUUAAAACUUCUUACGGAAAAAUUUAAUAAAGCAAUGCGUGAAGGUAAAUGUGAUGUUGAUACAAAAUUCCAAUAUGCUGUCACAUUAUCUCGUUCACGUUUGUCGGCCGAUCAUCAUCGUGCCAUUACAUUGCUCGAAGAUCUUUGUGUAUCUGGUGAUCCUGAAGCAUUUCGAGAUUAUCUAUUCUAUCUGAUCAUUGUCAAUAUUAAACUUCAUGAUUAUGUACGUGCAUUGGAAUGUGCGAAAAAAUUUCUUGAAAUUGAACCAUCAAAUCGUCAGGUACAAGAUCUAAAAGAUUAUGCUGAUAAAAAACGUUUCAAUAAUGGAAUGAAAGGAUUGGCUAUUGUUGGUGGUGCAGUAUUGGCUGCCGGUGCAUUGGUAAUGGCAUUCAAAAGUAAAUGAUAAUAUCAUAUGAUGAUAUUACCAUUCUAUCAUUUUCAUCAAUCAUUAUGAUUUAUUCAAUUCACAAAAAUGUUUAUUAAAUUAUUAUUUUUCUAUUUCAAGAAUAAUUUUCCCUUUCCUAUUUUGUUUGUUUGUUUUGUGUACAUACAGAUCAUCCAAAAAUAUAACAUUUGUCAGAAAAAAAAUUAUAUCUUAUCAUUUCAAAA